UUCUUUCAUUUAUUUGUUUAUUUUUUUGCAGCUGGGCUGGUCAAUCGGGCCUGAACACUUGAUCAAACACCUCCAGACUGUUAUGCAGAACAGUCUCUAUACAUGUCCGACCCCAUUACAGGAGGCUGUUGGCCAGGGUCUUCUUCGGGACUUUGAGCUGAUGGGUAAACCCGACUGCUACUUUACCUCUCUAGCACUAGAGCUGGAAGGGAAAAGAGACCGCAUGGCAGCCAUGUUGAGACAGACUGGCAUGACUCCAGUGGUCCCGGAGGGAGGAUACUUCAUGAUAGUGGAUGUCACAGCACUCAAUCAGGACUUGUCACAUAUGGGGGAUGAUGAACCAUAUGACUACAAGUUUGUAAAAUGGAUGAUAAAAGAGAAGAAACUGGCUUCGAUUCCUGUAACAGCUUUUGUGGGGGAAGAUUCAGUAAAGCAGUUUGAGAAAUACAUCCGUUUGUGUUUUAUCAAGAUAAAAGGUUCUCUGAAGCACCAGCAAAGUGAAGGGCGGAGCCUCUCCUCUCCAACCUAUUUCCCAGCUUCCCUUUCCUCUUCCUGUCUGUAA